AUGACCUGUUCAGAAGCAUAUGAAGAAACAGUUCAUAUAAGGGAAGCAUCACUAGCGGCGGGUAUGAAAGUAUUUCCGAGCAUGAGUUCCAGAACAAUUCCAAUGCCCUUAGAAGCCAUUGGUGUCAGCAUUUUUUAUGCCUUGACCAGAUUCGCCUCCUGCUCAAGUAACUAUGCAUCGACCAGCGGUUACUGGAACUCCAGAGGUUCUUAUCAUUCCUCCCUAACCAAAGGUCAGCCAGUGACAUCUAAUCAAUACAAUACAAAUAGUUAUGGCCCUCCACCACUGGGACCACAGAUUCCUCAACCCCUGGGUUCGAAAUCUGUCUCGACUGGAUUUCAACCCAUAAAUGGUAGGCCGGACAACAGCUACAUCAAUCAGUUGCCUACAGAAAGACCUUCCUGUGCGAGGAAACGAGACUAUUGUCUUGCUGACCACGAUUAUCCCAUGGAAAUGGUGAAAUCGGUGGUGCAACGCUAUCAGGGAGAUGUGCACCGGAUGUAUUCAGAGAUGCAACCUUUGCCCGUAGAUGUUGCUGGUGGAAACGUCAGCUACAGGUACAAUUUUCCAUCUGAAAGAGGAGCCUGGGCCUGCGAGACUGAUAUAUUCACCAUGAGGAUAGGAUGGGCCCGAAACUGGGCCGGUCGGUGGAAAGUUGUCCUCAACACUGAUCAGUUCCCACAAGCAGUUAGACUAGAGCACUGCAAGUACGAAAACCGGUCUUGCCAAAUGAUGCCUCCUUGUGUGAGAUCUUCUUGCCUACAACGGUACACAGCAGUGCAACUUCUGAGUACGGAUCCUCAGGCUCCUGACCAAAGUCCGACCGUGGACACGUUUCUUCUUCCCGGAGGAUGCUCUUGUUAUAUUGACUUCCUAUGAUCUUCUUGACCACAACUUUAAAAAAAAAGUUCCUAUCCGAGGUCCCGAACAUGAUCCUUCAUCGCGAUUUGGAAUGUCAAUUUAUUGUUGCCAGUCAAAUCGUUAUUCUCAUUUGCUUGUAGUGUAAUUAAAACGUAGGUGUGAUGCAUACGCAGACAAAAUAGUUCCUGAUAUUGAGAUAAAUUUUCAAAUUAUGAACAAAAAAUAAUUAAACAGAGU